GUACCUUCUGUAUGAUGUCAACCCCCCAGAAGGCUUCAACCUCCGCAGGGACGUCUACAUCCGCAUCGCCUCUCUCCUGAAGACUCUGCUGAAGACUGAGGAGUGGGUGCUUGUCCUGCCUCCCUGGGGCCGCCUCUAUCACUGGCAGAGUCCUGACAUCCACCAGGUCCGGAUCCCCUGGUCUGAGUUUUUUGAUCUUCCGAGUCUCAAUAAAAACAUCCCCGUCAUCGAGUAUGAGCAGUUCAUUGCAGAAUCUGGCGGGCCCUUUAUUGACCAGGUGUACGUCCUUCAAGGCUACGCGGAAGGGUGGAAAGAAGGAGCCUGGGAAGAGAAGGUAGACGAGCGACCCUGCAUCGAUCAGCUGCUGUACUCCCAGGACAAGCACGAGUACUACAGAGGUUGGUUCUGGGGUUAUGAAGAAACCAGAGGCUUGAACGUCUCCUGUCUGUCCGUCCAAGGAUCAGCCUCCAUUGUAGCUCCCGUGCUUCUGAAGAAUACCUCAGCACGGUCCGUGAUGUUAGACAGAGCCGAAAAUCUUCUACAUGAUCACUAUGGAGGAAAAGAAUAUUGGGAUACCCGUCGGAGCAUGGUGUUCGCCAGACACCUGCGGGUGGCGGGUGAUGAGUUCAGAAGCAAAUACCUGAAUUCUACCAAUGCCGCGGACAAGAUCCCCUUCGAGGAGGACUGGACAAAGAUGAAGGUUGAGCUGGGCUCCUCGCUGGGCGGCCCGUACCUGGGAGUCCACUUAAGGAGAAAAGACUUCAUUUGGGGGCACAGAGAGGAUGUACCCAGCCUAGAAGGGGCUGUGAGGAAGAUCCGCAGCCUCAUGAAGACCCACCAGCUGAACAAGGUGUUUGUGGCCACAGAUGCUGUCAGAAAGGAAUAUGAAGAGCUGAAAAAACUGUUGCCUGAAAUGGUGAGAUUUGAACCCACUUGGGAAGAGUUGGAACUCUACAAAGACGGAGGUGUAGCCAUCAUCGAUCAGUGGAUCUGCUCACAUGCCAGGUUUUUUAUCGGCACCUCAGUCUCAACAUUUUCUUUUCGGAUCCAUGAGGAAAGAGAAAUCCUGGGCCUGGCCCCCAAGACUACGUACAACAGGUUCUGUGGAGACCACGAGGACGGGUGUGAGCAGCCCACCCACUGGAGCAUUGCCUACUGAGCAGCCCGAGCCUUCAAGGGGGUCACUGCACCCGACUGGAGGACAGCUUGGACCAUCCCUUCCCAUGGCCCUGGGCCCACUAGGGCCCCAUGGAGGCCCCGCAGAUGCACUGUGCCUAGCGCCGUGCUGUACCAGCCCUUGUCUGCCCAGAACGAGGCCCGGCCGCACUUAGGGGCUUGCCAGGUGUGUGCAGCAGGACCUGCGAAGCUGUGUCCCAGUGGCAGACGAGGCCUGUGUGGUGAUCUGAAAGCACAGGGAGUUUGGUUGAACCUCAGAGGCCUUCCUGACCUAGGCCUACUGUCUUCUGCGUGUUUUCAGGGUAUCACGGAUAGGCUAGGGACCCAGCCUGCCUCAGCUGAACAUGGAGCUGAUGCUUCCCUUGUGCUAAUGUGAUUCUGAAUCCGCCGGUAAUCAUGUAAACGUCCACGGGCAUGGCCAGGGAAAGUUCUCGAACCCUGCCCCUGUACACCGUGUGAGACCACUUAUGUGCUUAUCCGCUCACGAGCUCAGCCAGCCCAGGGCCUUCAGCGAGCCCUGAGAGUAAUGACCCCGCCUCCCCUCUCCUAGUCAGAGUGCUAGAAGACUCCAGGGGCUCCCCAACGUCUUGUCCUGCUCACACAGGAGCCCCUCAGGUUUGUCUGCAGGAAGCACUAUCUCCCUUUUCACUGGGGUCCAGCCUUCAUCCCAGCAGUUGGGCACACGUGGGGCCCCAGGAGCCAGCGCUUGCUGUUGGGAAACAGGAUAUGACUCAAUGGUCACACCAGCUUCAAGAGACUGCGUCGGAGACGAGCCCUCUAUCAGACCGCUCUCUGUAUCCAUUUCACGGAAACCUUUUCUAGAUCUUCACACUGUUCCCACGAGGGGCUCCUACAAAGAGGGUGCUGUACGUGGAAUUGGAGGGAGCAGUGCCACCUCAGGCCUUUGGGGUCCCAGUAGCCCCUCACGGCCCCUGACUGGUUCCUUGCCAUGAUGCCACCAUGAUUUUGUGGUCAUCGGCCUUCUCUGAACAGCCACUGCCCAUGUCUGCUACUGGUGCCAUGACAGGCCCCAUGUGAAGCACAGAACAGUGAGGAGGGCCAGAGCCUUGCCCUGUGCAGAGCCCGGCUAGCCUAGGAUGCAACAUGGUCACUUCCUAUGUCUUCUUCCUGAGCUUUUAAAAUCAGCCCUGAACACGUGGCAGGGUCCUUAUGGUGUUACUCAAAAGCUGUGCAGGGUAAAAUGACAUAUUUAUUGUUUUUCCAUUUGUACAUCCAGAUAUUAGUAAUAAAUUUUCUAGAAAGUGAGAA